GAACGGCAUGUCUUCCGCUUUCCAAGGCCUCGAGUGCCAGCAGACGUCGCUCCCGCUAUCUAUGAGGCGCACAUUGGCAGCUCCAGUGGGGAGGAGGGGCGGGUCGGUACCUUCAUAGAGUUUACAGAGACGCUCCUGCCGCGCAUCAAGAACUUGGGAUACAACACUUUACUACUUCUGGACGUGGUGGAGCAUGCAGACUUCGCGAGCUUUGGGCUGUACGUGACGAACCACUUUGCCGUCUGCAGCCGGCUGGGGACAGUAGAGGAGUUCAAAGCCCUCAUAGACAAAGCACAUGCGCUGGGUUUGCGGGUGUUGAUAAGUCUUUGUCACGCUCACUCCUCCAAGAAUGUAAUGGACGGCCUGGGAUGUAUAGACGGCGGAGACAACAACUACUUCGUCAGUGGGCCUUCAGGAGUUGUAGAGGAGGCCAAGGUCUUUGACUUUUCAAAGACGGAAGUUGUCCGCUUUCUCCUCUCGAACAUUACGUAUUGGAUUACUGAAUUCCAGCUCGACGGCUUCCGCCUGGAAGGCGUGCCUUGGAUGCUGUAUGACCAGCGCAGCGUGCUGCGUCAGCCGGACUUGUACGACUAUUCGGCGUAUUUGAGCCGGGACUUGUGCGCCUCUGGCGUGUUGUACCUGUCUCUCGCGAACUCUCUGCUCUCUUCGCUGCUGCCAGCCGACCAGCGCCUCUCCAUAGCGCAGGAAUGCACAGGCUACCCCACUCUCUGCAGGCCCAUAUCCCAGGGAGGGCUGGGCUUCGACUACCGGCUCGACAGCUCCCUCAACCAAAGCCUCCGCCGUCUCAUCCGCCAAUCAGGGCACCGCCAGGGGCGCUGGAUGACUGCGCAAGUUCUGUGGGCCCUCGCCAGCAAACCAAACACCGAAAAAGUACUCGUCUCCGUUGAAGACGCUGACACCACUAGAUUCUGUAGGAGGCGUUUAAAGAUCGCCUUGUUUGCUUGGGAGUCGUUGCACACACACGCUGUUGGAGGUGUAGCUCCUCACGUGACCGAGCUUGCAGCGGGGCUAUCGCGACAGGGCCACGAGGUGCAUGUGUUUGUUCGGGCCAUGGAGUCCUGCGGCGGCUGCUCGGAGCACUACGGCGUGAUGUACCACGAAUGCACAUUUGAUUUGGAUAGAGAUUUCGUGGUGGAGAUUCAAAACAUGUGCGAAAGCUUCAUUGCAUGCAUGCUGAGCGUAGAGGAGGCAAUGGGCACGGAAUUCGAAAUCUGCCACGCGCACGACUGGCUCGCAGGCAGGGCCCUCAUUAGAGCCAAGCAAAUGGGGAGGACUGCCAUUUUAACGAUGCACUCCACGGAGUUUGGCCGUUGUGGCAACAACAACUACGGCGGCGUCUCCAAACGCAUUCGGGACAUCGAAGCUGAAGCGUGCCACCUGGCUGACCGCGUAAUAUGCGUGAGCGGAGUGCUGGCGGAGGAGGUAAGGGCUCAGUACGGAGUGCAUCCAGCAAAGAUGACAGUCAUUUAUAACGGCAUCAACUGCAACAAAUUCGAUGGCGAGGUAGACCCUGGCGCGGUCAAGCACACAUACGGAGUGGGGGCUCUUGACCCCAUGUUCUUGUUCGUGGUUGAACCUUGCCUAGUGUUUCGGCGUGCAGGCAGAAUGGUCGUUCAGAAAGGACCUGAUCUCCUGCUGGAGGCGGUUCCCUUUAUUCACAAGUUCCGAGGGGACGCGAAGUUCGUCUUUGUGGGGGACGGCCACAUGAUGGAGAGUCUGAAGGGCCGCGCAGCUCAGCUCGGCGUCACCCAUUCAGUGCGGUUUGUGGGGAAGAUGGGGGGCGGGGCUUUGCAUGCACUUUUCAAGUCCUGCGACGCCGUGGUCGUGCCCUCAAGAAACGAACCAUUCGGCAUAGUGGUACUCGAGGCUUGGAGUGCCUCCAAGCCCGUCGUAGCGACGAAUAGCGGGGGCCCAAGGGACUUUGUCAAUCCAAACAUCACGGGCGUUCUUGUGGACCCCACACCUGGGAGCAUCGCCUGGGGCUGCUGCGAGAUCCUAAAGAACUUUGAGCAUGCGCGGUGGAUGGGGUCUCGAGGCCGCGUGACAGCCGCCUUCAGCUUCAGCUGGGACUCCAUUGCGCAGCAGACACGGGAAAUUUAUUAUGAGCAGCGCAACAAGCACGACACUCCCCCGAACUGGAGUUACAGCAGCGAAGGGGACGACACGCUUGCCUUCGCUCUCAUAGGCCCAGCGAUGUACGAGCACAUGUCCGUGGAGGACUGCGACCCGCACGUGCUGAGUGGUUUGGCAUUGUGGCGGAUGUAUCGCUUGCUGGGAUCUGGCUUAGCAGACGGGCGCAUGAACUUCAUGGGGAAUGAGCUCGCGCACCCUGACGGGCUGGACUUGCCGCGACCCGCGAAUCAUUUUUCUAUGGCGAAGGCCUUUAGACGGUGGAACCUGGCGGACAGCCCCUCCCUUAAAUUCACCCAGUGCGAGCUUUUUGAUUGCUGCCUCAACCACUGGGAAGGUGUCUUCGGUUGGCAGUCUGCCGCUCACCUCUACGUUGUGAAGUGCGAUGAAGAGGCCCAGGUGGUUGUCUUAGAGCGGGGACAGUGUCUAUUUGCGUUCAACUUCCACCCCCACAACAGUUACGAGGGCUUCCACGUGGGGUGUAUGUACAACGAGCCCAUGCGGCUCUUCCUGGACAGUGACGAAAAGCGAUUUGGAGGGUUCGGACGGCUCACCCCAAGAACGCAGCACCCAGCAACAGAAGCUAAAGAUAGCCGCCCCCAUUCUGUGAGAGUUUACCUCCCUUCCAGCACCUGCGCAGUGUACGUACGGGAAUCGGUUUACUGCGAGAAGCAACCCGUCAUUGAUGCCACCCCGGUGCUUUCAAUGGACUUGGAAGCAUACGUGGACUACCGCAAAGCGGAUAGAAGUUGUAAGAACUGA